AUGACAUGUUCAACACCCUGGUGUGUCAUUGGAGACUUCAAUGUGAUUGCAUCUGUUGAAGAAAAGAUUGGGGGUCUUCCUUAUCAAAUGAAUAAAAACAUGGAUUUCUUGAGCAUGAUUGAAGAUUGUGGAUUUGUGGAUCUAGGCUUCUAUGGUCCUAGAUACACUUGGUCAAAUGGGAGAGGCCAAUGCUCUAUUGUUUGGAAGAGACUGGAUAUGGGAUUGGUCAAUGAUAACUGGCUAGUAUCCUAUCAUGCAACAACUAUCACUCACCCCUCAUCUGCAAGAUCUGAUCACAACCCUCUUCUUCUAGAAAUGAAUGUGAGACAGGACACAAGCAAAAGAUACUUCAAGUUUCUCAAUUGCGGGUUUGAAAAUGAGAACUUCCUUCCACUAGUUCAGGAGGUCUGGAAUAAAGAAGUCAAUGGCAAUGCCAUGUGGAUUUUUUAUCAAAGGCGUAAAGCUUUGUCCAAUGCUCUAAGCAAAUGGUCCAGUCAAUAA